AUGGGAAAUUCUUACGCUGGUCAGCUCAAGACUACACGGUUUGAAGAAGUGUUGCAUAAUUCUAUUGAGGCCUCUCUCCGCUCAAACAACUUAGUUCCCAGACCAAUCUUUUCUCAGUUGUAUUUGGAAGCUGAACAGCAACUGUCAUCACUAGAAGCAGGCAACAGAGCAGAUAAUGAGGAGGAAGAAGAAGAGGAGGAGGAAGAAGGCUCAGAAUCAAGUAGUCCUCCUGUUUCUUAUCAGAUGAAGCCUCCUCCAGAAGGAUGUUGCACUACUGAUGGUUUCUGCCAGGCUGGCAAAGAUUUGAGACUCGUUUCAAUUUCCAAUGAACAUAUUGAGGUACCAUCAGGGUUUUUACUUGUUGGUGCAAAGUCACCAAAUUUACCUGAUCACCUUUUAGUUUGUGCUGUGGAUAAAAGAUUCCUGCCAGAUGACAAUGGGCGCAAUGCGUUGUUGGGCUUCUCUGGCAACUGUGUUGGCUGUGGCAAGAAGGGUUUCUGCUACUUUACGGAAUUCUCAAAUCACAUUAAUCUUAAACUGACCACUCAACCCAAGAAACAGAAACACUUAAAGUAUUAUCUGGUCAGGAAUGCACAGGGAGCUCUGACCAAAGGAUCUGUAAUCUGCUGGAAAGGGGCAGAUUUCAGAGGCCGGCAGCCUUCAUCCAGCACCUGCUCAAGCACAUUGUUCCAACUGCCAGAAAGUUCGGGCCCCUCGGGAAGCACCUCAAGCGAGCCGUCCCCAGCAGCCAACCCAAGUGCUCCAGCUGGGACCCAGCAAACAGCUGCAGCCAUAGAUCACACCCCUUCAACAGCAGCGUUCAGCUCAGCUGUUUUUAAUGGCAAGGAAUCGCCUAAACAACAGUUGGUGAAAAAUAACCUGUCUGCUCUGACAAGACCUUCCAUGUUAGGCACUUUAACAAAUUCAGGGCCUCCAAAAAAGCGCCAUAAAGGUUGGUCACCAGAAUCUCCAUCAUCUACUGAAACUUGGAACUUGCAGCUCAACCCACAGGCUCCAAACAGAAUUAAAAAUGAUGGAGGAAGCCUAUCGUCUUUACCACAUUCUGCUUUGGGAGGCCCAGCCUCAUCUCCAGUGGUGGGCUCAGGAGAACCGGUCUCAGUUCCUGAAAACUUGCUGAAAAUCUGUAAAGCAAAGCCAGUUAUUUUUAAAGGUCAUGGAAACUUCCCAUACCUUUGCGGGAACAUUAAUGAUGUGAUAGUGAGCCCUUUGCUGCACACCUGUUACAGAAAUUCACAGUCUUUAUCUAGAGCAUAUGAACAAUACGGCGCAUCCACAAUACAGCCUAUUUCAGAGGAAAUGCAGCUCUUACUGACUGUCUACUACCUUGUUCAACUAGCCUCAGACCAGGUCCCUUUGAUUGAGGAUUUGGAACAAAUAUUCAUGCGUUCGUGGCGGGAAUCACACCUGUCUGAAAUCCGACAGUACCAACAGGCUGUUCCACAGACCUUUCCUCAAGUGCCCAGCCAGAUCGCACCAGUGACCUCAGCCCAGCUGCCCUGGCUGGCGGGUCUCGCAGCUAGCUCCUGUAAUGAUAGUGUCCAUAUCAUUGAGUGCAGCUACUCUCUGGCUGAAGGGCUUUCAGAAAUGUUUAAGCUACUCAUUGAAGGAAAAUUAAUAAAGACAAACUACGUGGUGAUCAUAUGUGCCAGUAGAAAUCGAGCCAUUGAUUCCUGCAUUGUGAUAACAGGAAAGUAUCAGGCAAGAGUUCUGUCUGAGAGCAUGCUCACUCCUUCAGACUACCAAAAAGAAGUUAACUAUCAGCUGGUCACAGGGAAAGUGGAAAGUCUGGGGUCCUUCUUUAGCACACUCUGCCCAGAGGGUGACAUUGAUCUUUUGCUGGAGAAAUUUUAUCAGGAAAACCAAGGGCACAUCUCUUCAUCACUUUCUGCUUCAGUGAAUAAACCAACAGCACUGAAUGGAACUGGAGCAGCUGUGUGUACAAGUUAUGAGAUUGAACGACAUCAGAUUCGUCCAUUCCAGCUAGCAGUGGCUCAGAAAUUGCUGUCUCAUAUUUGCUCAAUUGCUGACUCCAGCACUCAAAAUCUUGAUUUGGGUUCCUUCGAGAAAAUUGAUUUCUUGAUUUGUGUUCCACCCUCCGAAGUGACUUAUCAGCAGACUUUGUUUCAUCUCUGGCACUCAGGUAUUUUAUUAGAACUUGGAUUAGAAAAGGAACAUCUUACAAAGCAGAGGGUUGAACAGUAUGUUAUGAAAUUAGAUGCAGAGGCACAGAUUAAAUUCAAAGUCUUUUUACAAAACUCUAUGCAGAACCCACAUACACUGUUUGUCCUAAUCCAUGAUCACGCACACUGGGAUCUUAUGAGUGCUAUGCAUAGCCUUUAUCCUCAAACAGAACUGUCUACAGGACUUGUUGAUAGACUGUUGAACUGCAGGGAGGUGAAAGAGGCGCCAAAUAUUGUGACCCUCCAUGUGACUUCCUUCCCCUAUGCGCUGCAGACACAGCAUACUCAUGUCAGCCCUUACAAUGAGAUCCACUGGCCUUCUUCAUACAGCAAUGGUGUAGAUUUAUACCAUGAAAACAAGAAAUACUUUGGACUGUCCGAAUUCAUUGAGUCCACCCUCUCUGGACAUAGUAUUCCGCUGCUUCGGUACGACAGCUCUUUCGAAGCAAUGGUCAUGGCUUUGGGAAAGAGGUUCCCCAGAUUACACAGUGCAGUGAUAAGGACUUUUGUUCUCAUACAACACUACUCUGCAGCUAUGAUGGCAGUGUGUGGUCUUUCUCAGAUGAAGAAUUACACCUCAGUUGAAACUCUGGAAAUCACCCAAAACCUAAUAAACUCUUCAAGACAAUGCCCUAGUGGUCAUGGCCUCAUGGUAGUGUUGAGAAUUCCAUGUACUCCGCUGGCUGCAGUGGCAUAUGAACGUCUGUAUAAUGUAAGGGAAAGACUAGCCCUUGAAGAUAACUUUGAAAUAAUCUUGGGAAAUCCUAAUUCUGGAAUCACAAUAGGGAAGCACUUUGUGGAGCAACUAAAGGUCUGGCAGAAAAUUGAAGAUGUAGAUUGGAGGCCACAGACCUAUUUGGAAUUGGAAGGUUUACCUUGUAUAUUGAUAUUUAGUGGUACGGAUCCACAAGGGGAGUCUUUGCCACGAUCACUGAGAUACUGUGACCUACGUUUAAUAAAUUCAUCUUCUUUGGUAAGGACAACCUUGGAGCAAGAACUUGGUUUGGCAGCAUACUUUGUGAGCUCAGAAAUUCACCCAGAGAAAGCAGUUGUGAAUGAUGUGUUAGAAAGUGACCCAGAGAAACUAAGCAGCACUGAUAAUGAAGACGAAGAAAUUGCGACGGAAGGUUCUACUUCAGAAAAGAGAAGUCCUAUGAAAAGAGAAAGGUCUCGUUCCCAUGACUCUGCAUCUUCAUCUCUCUCUUCAAAAGCUUCCAUUACAGCAUUCUGCAGUGAGUCAUCUCCUCCUUUAAUAGCAGCAGGAGAUACAGCAAAAUCCCCCCACCAAGUCCUAAGCAACAGCGCUGAAGAAACCACAAAUAACUAUGAAAGGCAGAAGCAGAAAGUAGACAAAGGGGCACAGACAACUAUCAGCAAACACUUGCCACCGGUAACUGAACAGCUGGAUACAAAACAAAACAUAAAAAGUGCCCAAAUUUCCAUCACCUCAUCAUCCUCUUCACCUUUCUCCUCCUCUUCUUCCUCCUCUGCACCUACUCAUAACCCCUUCAUCCUACAGACCUCUCAAUGCUCCAUGACCAAAGCAUCAAAACAACCUCCCAUAGUUUUCCUGCCCAAGCUGGUUUAUGACAUUAUUACUUCUACAGACAGCAGUGGACUUCCCAAAUCAUCUUCCCUCUUGCCUUAUCAUUCUGUUAUGUGGGCAAGUUCUUUUCGUCCUCUUAUGAGUAAGAUGAUGACUUGCACAGAGCAGUCUCUAUACUACCGCCAGUGGACAGUUCCCAAGCCAAUCCAUAUGGACUACAACAAUAGAAAUGAGGGCAGGAUGGACACCUUUCACCCAAGAAGGCUACUGCUGAGUGGGCCACCACAGGUGUGUAAUAAGAACAAGCAGACAGAAAUAGAUGCUGUUGUAAAUAAUACACGCAAGAAGGCCAGUUCAACAUUAGCAGAGCCAUAUUUACAAGAUGAGUACCUGACUCAAGAAUUUUUAAAUUACUUGAAAAGUUAUAUGGGAAUGG